UUUGCAUUAUUUGCUCAAACAUCGAAGCAAUAGUUGUCAGAAACUACUUGUAUGUGCACUCAUACACGAAGGGCCUUGCAUGUAUUUUCAUUGUUUCCAUUAAAAUGUGACUUCUUGAAUUUUGUCCGCUCGUCGUAUGCUCGGUUUAUCACAGUUAGUUUGAGCUACAUUAUUGUUUUCCUCGGAAUUGAGCGGAGCGUUGUUUGACGUUAGCUAACAUUAACAAACAGACAGCUGAAUAAUGAUAGUGCCCCUGCUUGUCAGGAUGCACUGAUAUGUUUCCUAGCGUGCAUGUGGGAAUUACAAGCUACACUGACAGCAAAAUUAACACCAAAACAGCUGCAUUGCCACCAAUUGAUUCAUCUUAGGCCCUCGGGAUGGCUGCUGCACAACCUGCAGCUGGACCAAGUACCUCUCAAAAGGAUCUCAUUGAUAUCUACAGUGACCUGAAUUCAAACCAGGAGGAUUUGGACAGAAUUGCUGAAGCAAAUGAACUUUUUGAUGCUGUCCUGACUGGCUCAGUCGAUCAGGACAAGACAGUCAGCAGAAAUGUGGUCCCUCCUCCAAGUAAAGAGACUCCAGCUAAAGAGAUGGAUAAGCAAGAAGAAAUGAAAACCCCAAAAGAGGGCAACUCAUCGAAGAGAUUAUCUUUAUAUAUUGGAAAUUUCCCCUGGUGGACAUCUGACAAGGACCUCACGUGCAUGGCCCAGACAUUGGGUGUGAAGGACAUCAUGGAGAUCAAAUUUGCUGAGAACAGAGUCAAUGGCCAGUCAAGAGGCUAUGCAGAAUUGGUGGUGACCUCAGAAGAGUCCUUAAAAACAUUGUUGGAAAAAAUACCCCAAUGUGAACUGAACGGAGAAAGGGUAGACUGUCGCUUUGCUACUCGACAGAACCUCACUGUGUUUGAGGACGUAGCAAACAAACGUAUACCCCUGCGUGCUAAUGCCAAAGAUCCGAAGGAAUCCCCAGACUCUUGUGAUAAAAUUCCUUCAUUAUUAUCACAGGAGCCCAGCCCUCCAACUAUACCCCCACUUUUUCCAUCACAUCCACUUGCAAACAGGUUUCCCUCACUACCCAACCCGUUCCUUGGUCAGCCACCUCCUCCCUUCCCACGUAUGCCGCCAACCAUCCCUCCACUCCUGCCACCCCACUUGUUCCCUCCACAUCCAGUCAGCGUUCCCACACAACCAUCUCCCAGUCUGCAUAUAAAUCCAGCAUUCUUCACAUCAGCACAAGACGGACACAGUAGCAAAGGUUACAGCCAGCAAACACAAACAUCUAAAAGUACAGAUGGAGAUUUUGAGGAGCUGAUGAACAGAAACAGAGCUGUCGCCAGCAGUGCCAUCACCAAGGCUGUGUCAGGAGCAACUGCUGGAGACCUGCGGGUGGCCAUGGAGACUUUAUUAACUGCCAUUGCUAUCAUUAAGCAGUCCAGAGUGUUUGGAGAUGAACGCUGCCAGGCACUGGUAACUUCACUCAAAGACUGUCUAGUCUCCAUUCAGGGCAACUACGGCUACAGGAGCAGCAGUCGUUCAGGGGACAAAGAAAGAGACCGAGAGCGGGACAGAGGUCGUGACAGAGAGCGAGAACGUGAUAGAGACCGUGACAGAGAGGAUUCUUCUGGCUGGGAGGGUGCAGGAAUGUCUCGAAGACACAGAGACCGUUCCAGAGAGAGUGGAGAGAGGAACAAGGAGCGCUCACGGGAGCGAGACAGGCACAGAGAUCGCUACCGCUAACUUGAUUGGUGGAAUCUCAACAAGAGCGAAGAAAGGAUUUUUUGUUUUCAACACUAAGUUGUUUAAAAACCUGGAUGAACUUAAGGUGAGACAGUAAAAGUGUAUCCUCAAAAGUCUAAAGUGUACUUUUUUCUCCAGUUAUUUAUAUAUAGUUGGACUUUUACCUGUUUAAAAGAAUGUGAUUGUAGAUUUGAUGCUGGGACAUUAGACCCCAAUGUUUGCAUGUGCAAGACACCUUAAUAACUAAUGUAAUACUGUGUUAUGUUUUCAUCACUUUUUUUGUAUUAAAUCUACAGAUUA